CAAGUGCUGGCGGAAUACAGAGAGCUCAAACAAAGAAAGAUUGAUAGAACAAGGGAAGAGAGGAGCUUAAGAGUGAACAAUAAGGAAGGAUAGACACAGAGAGAGAGAAAGAGAAAGUGAGAGAGAGAGAGAGAGAGAGAGAGAGAGAGGAUCGCAGCAUUUCAGGCUACAGGAGAGAGGAGACAGACAGAGAGAGUGUGUGAGAGAGUCGCCAUUUCAAAAAUGAUUUUUGAGGAAGAUCACGAUCACUGAACUUAAUCUAAGGGACAUUUCAGCCAAAAACCCAGGAUUGCCGGAGGAGAGCUUCAGACACUGCAACCCCACCCUCACUCAGCUAAUCUCAGAUGGAGGUGGAUGCAGCUGAGAAGCGCCAUCGAACACGUUCCAAAGGUGUGAGAGUUGCCGUGGAGACUGCAGCACAGGAGCUGUUCAGCUGUCCCACACCAGGGUGUGACGGGAGUGGACACGUGAGGGGCAAGUACGCCAGGCACAGGAGUGUUUAUGGGUGUCCUUUGGCUAAGAAGAGGAAAGGCCAGGAGAAACCUCCACAGGAGCCAGCUACCAAACGGCGGCCGUUUUUAACCAUGGCUGACGGAGAACCGGUGAUAUAUGACAACUACGAAGCUAUGGAAGAGAGCGAGGAGAGAGAACAGGAAGAGUUAGACGAAGACGUGGAAGAAGAGGAGGAGGAAGGCGACGAGGGAGACGAUGAAGAAGAGGAGUGCUCUGACGACAAUGAUGAGGCUGCUGAGGAGGAAGAGGAGGAAGACGAGGAGGAGGAAGAUGAAGGAGAGGCCGAAAGGGAGGAGGGAGAUGAGGGCGAGCAGAUGGAGGAAGAGGUGGAGGAAGAUGAGGAGGUGGUGGAACAGGAUGGAGAUGAUGAACAAGAGGAGGAAGGAGAACAGGAAGAGGAAGAGGAAGAUGAGCAUGAGGAAGAUGAGGAAUAUGAAGAGCAGGCUCAUCACCAAGAGAAUACUUAUUCCAGUUGUGGACAAUCAAAGCCCAGCCAGAUGUUUGAGAAAGACAGCAACAACAAUAACAACACGACCACUGAAGAGUAUGAGAAUUAUGAUGAGCUUGUCGCGAAGUCCCUGCUGAACCUGGGCAAAAUAGCAGAGGACGCUGCAUACCAGGCGAUGACAGAGUCCGAGAUGAACAGCAGCUCGUCCAACAGUGCUGGUGAGGACGAAGAUGAGGAUGAGGAGGACGGUCCCGAUCACGGAGGACGGAAGGGCGAGUUAAGUGUGGACCUGGAUAGCGAUGUGGUGCGGGAGACGGUGGACUCAUUGAAGCUUCUGGCACAGGGUCAUGGAGCUGUGUUGCCAGAUGAUGGCUACCCUGAGCCUGCUCCUGGCCAGGAACAUCAUAACGGCCAGCCUGAAGAGAGCGAGGAGGGCGUGUGCCUUAGUAGUCUGGAAUGUCUGAGGAACCAGUGUUUCGAUCUGGCACGCAAGCUGAGUGAAACACAGCCACUCGAGCACACGAUGUUGCAGCACCAGAGUGAGCAGCAGCACCUACAUGCUCAGAUGCACCACCAGCUGCCUCGCUAUGAGAGUUGCCAGCAGGUACCGAUGGAGCCUCAGAGACCAAUGGAGAGGAGCUACUCCGACAUGGUGAACCUAAUGAAGCUUGAAGAGCAGCUCAGCCCAGCAUCCAGGGGCUACCCUUCCAGCUGUGCCCAAGAAGGGGAUGAAGACACAACCUCUGUGGCAUCAGAGCAUUCAGACGAGGCCUUCGACAUCACCAAGGGCAACCUGUCACUGCUGGAGAAGGCCAUCGCUUUGGAAUCAGAGCGUGCCAAAGUUAUGCGUGAUAGGAUGGCGUCGGAGCAGGCAGUGGCUCGGAGGGACCAUCAGCGGCUACACGGGGAGAACAGCCCCAGGCAGAGUAGUGGAGCUGAGGAGCGUAAAGCCCGACUACACCAUGAUGGGGCAAGAAGAGUCUAUUACCCUAAAGAUCCUUCAAGAGGUGAGAAAAAAGAGAGCAAGUGCCCCACCCCAGGGUGUGAUGGCACGGGCCACGUCACAGGCCUGUACCCACACCACAGAAGUCUGUCUGGCUGCCCUCACAAAGACCGCGUACCACCAGAAAUUCUUGCAAUGCAUGAGAAUGUUCUAAAGUGCCCGACGCCUGGCUGCUCAGGACGCGGCCACGUUAAUAGCAACAGGAACUCGCACCGCAGUCUCUCAGGAUGUCCUAUAGCAGCCGCUGAGAAGAUUGCUAAGGUUCAGGAAAAGCACCAAUCAAGUGAUGGACCCAAGUCCAAUCAGGCAUCUGACCGCGUGCUGAGGCCUAUGUGCUUUGUGAAACAGUUGGAGAUCCCACAGUACGGUUACAAAAAUAACGUCUCCACCAGCACGCCUCGCUCCAAUCUAGCCAAGGAGCUGGAGAAGUACUCCAAGACCAGCUUUGACUACGGAGGAGGCUACGACGGCCAGCCUCAUGCCUACAGCAAGCGUUCACUCACACAGAAGAACCAUGGACGAGACACUUCACCAAGAGGAUACGAUGACUCAUUUGCUCUCGGCAUUCAUCAUGGAACAUCAGACCAUCCAAUAAGCGAGUCUUCCAAGCGGUACUGUAAGACCUCGAGUCCAGCCAGCAGUACAACAAGCAGCUACGCUCCCAGCAGCAGUGGCAGUAGCCUGAGCUGUGGGGGAGGAAGAGGAGGGAGAGGAGGAGGAGGAGGAGGUGGUGGAGGAGGAGGAGGAGGAAGCAGCGCCAGCAGCACCUGCAGCAAGAGCAGCUUUGACUACACGCACGACAUGGAGGCCGCUCACAUGGCCGCCACGGCCAUCCUCAACCUGUCCACACGCUGCCGAGAGAUGCCCCAGAGCCUGAGUGCUAAAGGCCCCGAGCUCCUCGCACAGAGUCCAGAGGAGCAGGAGGUGGAGGAGAGUGGGACUUUGGACCUGAGCGUGGGUCGUGGAGGGGGUAUGGGUGAGGACACGGUGCUCACGCCGUUGCAGCCCAUGUCCCCCCAGCGGCAAGCGCUGCUCAACAGCCGCUGCUACCAGAUGAGCCCAGACUGCUGGGACCUGCCAGUGGACUACACCAAGAUUAAGAGCCUGGACGAGGACCAUAAAGAGGAUGAGCUGGACCCUUUCCAUGAGUUGCUGGAGAACCAGCAGUACCCGGGUGAGGUGUCCCUCCCCAGCCCCAAACACAAAUAUGCCCCCUGCAAAGAAAGCAAGAAAGAACUCCUCACACUCUCUAGCUGUCAGUUAGCUGAUAAAGGCAUGCGUAGUAUGAUGACAACAAACUCACAGGAUUUAAAGUGUCCUACUCCAGGUUGUGAUGGCUCAGGGCACAUUACAGGCAACUAUGCCUCACACAGAAGUCUAUCAGGUUGUCCCCGAGCAAAGAAGAGCGGAAUUAAAAUCAUUCAUAACAAGGAGGACAAGGAUGAUCAGGAGCCAAUUAAGUGUCCUGUGCCUGGGUGUGAUGGUCAAGGUCAUGUGACAGGGAAGUACGCGUCUCAUCGCAGUGCAUCCGGCUGCCCACUGGCUGCCAAGCGUCAGAAGGAUGGUUUUGUGAACGGUGCUCCAUUUCCAUGGAAGUCUGGAAAAACUGAUGGAAUGACAUGCCCCACACCUGGGUGUGAUGGCUCGGGCCAUGUCAGUGGUAGCUUUCUCACCCACCGGAGUCUAUCUGGCUGUCCCCGUGCCACUUCAGCUAUGAAGAAAGCACGAAUGACGGGGGUCGAAAUGCUUACAAUCAAGCAGCGUGCAAGCAAAGGAAUAGAGAACGAUGAGGAAAUCAAACAGCUGGAUGAAGAAAUCAAAGAUCUUAAUGAAUCGAACAAUCAAGUGGAGUCAGACAUGAUUAAACUUAGAACACAAAUCACCACCAUGGAGACCAACCUGAAGUCCAUGGAGGAAGAGAACAAGGCCAUUGAGCAGCAGAAUGACUCACUGCUGCAUGAGCUGGCUAACCUCAGCCAGUCGCUUAUCAACAGCCUGGCCAAUAUCCAGCUCCCUCAUAUGAAACCGGUGCCACUGAAAGAGGCCCCUGUUAAAAAUUACUGCUGUUUACAGAUGCCCCACAGAGAACCCAUGAACGAGCAAAAUUUUGACAGUUAUGUGAGCACUUUGACAGAUAUGUAUACGCAUCAGGACCAGUACCAGAGCCCGGAGAACAAAGCCCUGCUGGAGAACAUCAAACAAGCUGUGCAGGGCAUCCAAGUGUAGCUCCCUGAGCCACUGCCUUGGUUUUUUUUGUUGUUGUUUUUGUUUUUUAAGGGCUUGCAUGAAGCAAGCACUGAUAAGCAAAAAAAGAAAGAAAAUGAAACAAGUGGGGGGAAAAAAACCAUGUAAAAAGUCCGGAUGACGAUUAUGAUUUUUGCUGCUGUAAUUAAUUGUAUUAUCUUUCAUUAUUUAUGAUUCAGUUAUGCUUUUGAGGGGGAAAAAAUGAUACAUUAAUUAUUUGUUGCCUUGCUUUAACGAUGAUUACCAAUGGCAAAUGUUUUGAGGAACAUUCAUGUUUUGUACAUUUUUCAUAUGACCUGACAUAAUGUGAUGUACUGUUUAUAGCUGCUAAUGUAUGCACAUUUUAGUGUAUAUGUAUUUAUUAAUUGUAAAAAAAAACAACCACUCAUCAUUUUAAAAAAAGAUUAACAACAAGAAGGAAAAGCAUCGUGUUGAAAAUGUGGUAUGAGGGAAAUAUAAAGGGCAAUCAGCGAACGAAAGCGUUUCCUUUUAAAAAUACGAGGAAUUCGAUGCGUACAGUGUAGGUUGUUCAAGGUGUGUUAAACGGCGAAUUUCAUGGAGGUUUGUCAUUGUGUUCGGAAAACGUUUUGCAGCAGUGAGUGUGGGCACGCUAAUGAAGUACGUGUUGGUCUUUGAGCUUUUAUUUGUUUCAUUUUCAAAAUGUAAAAUGGAUAAAAACGGACAGACGAAAAUCUGUACAUUUUUGUGAAACAUCAUGACACGGAAACCCACUGGUGCAAAUCCCGAGAUUGUGAGAGAAAUAUUCCAUCCGUAUUGUAUAUUCUCCAAAUGUGAUUCCCAUUUGGUUAACUCCAAUCACUACGGAAAAUCUUAAGGAGACAAUCCAACAUAAAUUAUGAAUUUAUGAUCGUAAAAAUAUUAGUAGGUAGUAAAAUAGCAUAUCAGCAAUAUAUGACAAUGAAUCAGUCGUUUAUUUAGAUAUGGGAUGCAAACGUUCGGGUAUAUGCAAUUUCUUAUUGUAAACGUCACAGAAAGCUGAUUAAUCUUUUUACUAAAUGUAAAGUAUUGAGUUUUAUAUAAAUCUUUUACUACAAUCAUGUUUUAGGGUUUGAACAUGAGUGAUCGAAUCCAAAUGGAUGAAUGCAUAUGCAUUGUAAUUUUACAUUUCUCAUGUUCUGUUUUGCACAGGGACACCUUUGUUUCCAUGUUUUGAUGUUAUACACACACACACACACACACACACACACACACACACACACACACACAAGAUUUCUCAGUUUCAACAUUUGACAUGUUGUCUUUGUACUAUUUUCUAUGUAAUAUAUGGUUUCCAUUAUAUGAUUUGCAAAAUCAUUGUAUUCUGUUUUUAUUUACAUUUUACACAGAGUCCCAACUUAUUUUAUUUAUUUAUUUAUUUAUUUAUUUAUUUAUUUAUUUUUUAACGUGAGUGUUUUACUGGGAAAUACAGCACGCGUAUUUUUCACCCGAGCUCCAUCCGGGACAUGGAGAACCAAAACCAGGACGUAAAUCUCUUUAUGUCACUCGUGAGGAAAUCGAUGAGUGAGUUGUUUUGAUAAAUUUGGGGACUUUUUGUUUGUGAAUGUGUCGAUAUAAUAAAAUGAAAAUCACACGUUGGUUUGAAGAUAUGAAGUUUAUCUUCUCGUGUUGAAAAACUCACAUUUUUCAUACGAAAUACAUCACGUAUCUGAGAGACAUAUUUAAAUAAUAUUGGCUGGUGUUGAGUGGUCUAUCAGAUAUAUUCCAUUCAGCGAGCAUGAUAUUGAAUGAGUCAAAGACGAGUAGCUGAAUGGAAUAUAUCUGAUAGACCACAAAAAAGCCAUUAUUAUUAUUAUUAUUAUUAUUAUUAUUAUUAUAAUACAUACACACUCUCUUCAUAUCAGCAUUCUCGAAGGCCGACGCUAGCUUACCCAUGACUCGGUGCUGUUAGUGCGGCAGUCCAGUUACCUUCCAGCCAGUGUAGUGUUAGCGAAGACCAGCGCAAGCACAGUCAAACCGAUUAUUAUUAUUAUUAUUAUUAAUGUACUGAGUUACUUUUAAAAUUAACAUCGACAGCUACACACAACGGAGCGAGCUGGCAGCCAAAAUUCUCUCAAAAUCUUCCGCUUUUAAUGAAGCAAACCUCACAACCAUGUUUGUUUACAAACUGUCACAGUCACUCGGUAGCGUGGAAGUUUUAUGUCUCCGACGUGUCUCUUUUCCAGUUUUUCGAUAUCUGUUGGUCUGUUUUUCUCUUGUAAAUAUGUGUGAAGAAUAUAUAAUGGAAUUUUGGUAGCCUUUCGGGUGUUCAAUGCGUCUUUAAUUUCAAUUUUCAGUUUGUUUAUUUAGUGCUUAAUUAUAGCGUAGCUAAUCCUAGCAGUAGCACUGGAUUAGCCUCUUCUUUCCUCUUUCCCGGCCGACAAAGAAAUGAUUGUGCACAUGCACAGCAGAAAAGUUUUGUCAUUGGAUCUUCGCAUGAGCUCUGACAUGUGACGUCGUGUUGUCUUGACUUGUAACAAUAUUGCACGCUUAUUCUCCAUUGGGGAGAGCAGCGUAAUACACAGAGGAUAAGCGAUAUAACAAUAUUGCAUGCUAUCAAUAAAUCUGCUAGAAGGGAAUAGAACACAUGUUUUUAUUCCAUGGAAAAAGUGUCCUGUAUGUAUAAUAAUCACUGAUAUUUCACUCCGAUGACAUCACUCCCAGUGUUUUCCUGCUGAUUAGAUAGACACGCGUUGUCAAAAUGGGCGAACCGGUUCAAAAUUAAAAUUCUUUUGAUUAACUUGCAUUUUUUUGUUGUUGUUGAGGUGUCCAUAUAAUAUAAAGAACAUUACACAAUGGUGCAAAGAUGUGAAGUUCAUCUCCUCGUGUUGAAAAUAUUUUUCAAAAUAUUUAUAUAAGUUUUAUCUUCUCAUGUUUGAAAAUAUAUUCAUCACUUGAAGAUAAACUUCAUAUCUUCAUGUCACCAUGUAAUAUCCUCUCUC